CCCCCCCUUUUUUUUUUUCUUUAGUCAUAUUUGUUUUUGUCUAAUUUCUGGCGCGUUGGUGGUCGUCGGCUUGUCGAUGACAGCACCGACCUGCGCGCAGCGUGUACCCACCCCCGGCGCCGCCGACGGGAUGGCCGAGGCGGCGGAGGACACGGCGACGCGGGUGUCACCCCUGCAUCACCACCAUCAUGUUCACCACUACCACCAUCAUCACCACCACCCCCGGUUACCCGGACUGCGGCCAGAAGGUUCGGAUGACGACUGCCCAGCGGAUCGGACGAGAACGAGGUUCAGGCCGACGUCUUCGCCGGUUUCUUGGCCCCUCCUGCUGGCGUUGCUGGUCUUGGCGACGCUUCAACUUCCUCAGGCGAACGCGUCCGGCGUGUUCGAACUCCAGCUACGCGCCUUCUCGAACCUCCUGAGUCAGGACUCGCGGGGUUCGUGCUGCUCGACGGGUCUGCCUCCCUCGCCCGGUGCCCCGUGCCCCGGCACGUGUCGGACCUGGUUCCGGGUCUGCCUCAAGCACUACCAGAAGACCGUGGACACGAACUCUCCGUGCACCUACGGCGAGGUCCAGACCCCCGUGGUCGCGUCGUCGGGACCCGGAAGCUCCCUCAACCUCACGGCGCCCGUCCGGUUCAGCUUCGACUUCUCGUGGCCCGGUACAUUUUCGCUCAUCGUCGAGGCUUGGCACGAAAACAGCAACGGUGCGUCGUCUGGCGGCGGCGGCAGCAGCCAUCCGACCCUGGUGUCGCGUCUGACGACGCAGCGCUGGCUCAACGUGGGCCUGGACUGGACCUCGGAUACUUUGCGGUCGGAGCGGACUUCUCUGUCCUUCUCGUUCCGCGUGGUGUGCGAGGAGCACUACUUCGGCGCCGACUGCGCCAGGCUGUGCCGGCCGCGGGACGACAAGUUCGGACACUACGCCUGCAACGCCAAAGGGGACGUGGUCUGCCUGCCCGGGUGGAGGGGAGACUACUGCUCCAAAGCCAUUUGCCUCCCCGGUUGCAAAGAACCCCAGGGCGACUGUGACCAGCCCAACGAGUGCAAGUGCCGCAUCGGCUGGGAAGGCCCGCUGUGCGACCGGUGCACCCGGUACCCGGGCUGCCUGCACGGCAGCUGCCAGCAGCCCUGGCAGUGCAACUGCGACGAGGGCUGGGGGGGCCUCUUCUGCAACCAAGACCUGAACUUCUGCACCAACCAUCGUCCCUGCCAGCACGGCGGCACGUGCACCAACACGGGCCAGGGCUCGUACACGUGCGCCUGCCCGCCGGGCUUCACCGGCAAGGACUGCGAGGUGGCGCAGGACCCGUGCCGCGCGUCGCCCUGCCGCAACGGCGGCGUCUGCGAGAACGGCGACGGCUCGUAUCGGUGCCGGUGUCCGCCGGGGCUGACGGGGCGCCACUGCGAGACGGCCGAGAGCGCGUGCGCGGCGGGGCCCUGCGAGGCCGGCGGCACCUGCCUGGAGGACCCGAGGAGCGCGCUGGACGGGGUCGCGCCCGGGUUCCGCUGCCUGUGCACCGACGCCUUUACCGGGGAUCGCUGCCAGAUCCAGCGGGAGCCCUGCGAGCCUUCUCCGUGCGCCAACGGCGGCACUUGCACCCCCCUGCCGGACGACAGCCGGGAGGGCUUCCGGUGCACGUGCCGGCCGGGCUUCGCCGGGCCCCGCUGCGAGGUGGACGUGGACGACUGCGCGUCCCGACCGUGCGCCAACGGCGGCACGUGCGUGGACGGCGCCGACAGCUACCGUUGCCUCUGCGUCCCGGGCUUUGUGGGGCCUCGGUGCCGCACCGACGUGGACGAUUGCCUCACCCUGCCCUGCUCCAACGGCGGACGCUGCGUCGACCUGGUCAACGACUUCGCCUGCCGCUGCCCGCCCGGGUUCUCCGGCAAGGACUGUUCGGUCAGCCUGGACGAGUGCGACUCGUCACCCUGCCUCAAUGGUGGCACCUGCGUCGACGGCGUCGGGCGCUUCGCCUGCCGCUGCCUCCGCGGCUUCUCCGGAUCCCGCUGCGAGUACGGCCCCGGCAGCGCGGCGGAGGCGCCGCCGCGGCCGGUCGCCGGCUCUUCGGCCAGGCACGGUCCCUUCGUGGCGACGGAACGAGUUGGGAACGUGGUCGGCCAGGACAACGAGGACAGGCUGACCGGAGCCCACGUGGCGCUCAUCGCGGCCUUCUCCGUUGCCGUCCCCGUCGCCGUGCUCGCCGCGGCGCUGGCGAUCGUGUGCUUCCGGCGCCGCCGGCGCUGGAGGGAGCAGCGCGACGCCGACGCAGUUCUGCGCCAGAACGAGCACAACGCAACGCACCACUCGAUGAACAACAAGCUGGGCGGCGGACAGGUGGUGGUGAACGAGCUGGAGAAGCCGCUGCAGAAGAAGCAGGCCAACCGGGUCGACGACGGCAAGGGCGGGAAGGGCGGCGUGGCAGUGUCUUCCGCGCCACCCAACAACAAGGUUCUCAACGUGGAGUGCGCGUCUGCGAGGAGCAGUAAACUCUUUGACGCCGGGGAGGGCGGCGUGUACGCGAGCACGCGGACUUUGAAUCGGUUGCACGUUGCUGCCGGCGGGGAGGGCUCCUCGGCUGCCGGCACUCCAGCGAUGUCUCCUUCCAAAAGCUGUGAUCUUCCCACCAAUGAGGACGACUCCACGUCAGAAUCCAAGGAGCACCACUCGCAGACCGGCAGUUCGGUCGUCUACGUCAUCGAAGAACACUACAAGGACGACAGCUUGCUCGCCACGGAGGUGUGACGUGCGUCGUGCGAACCCGAACAAUCUGCACGCGCGUACGGACGCUCAACCCUCUCCAAAAGAAGAUGAAGAAGAGGGGAGAAAAAAACGUUGUUAGUCACUGCGUUCUUCGCCACAAGAAGUGAGUGAGCGCGUCGGGAACACUGGACGGCUGUGCGCGUCCUUCCUCCACUGACCGCCCGCCUGCAAGCCUGCCAUCUCGCUGCACCAAUGAUGUGUUUGUUGCUGUCAGACAGACGCACACGUGCACGCAGACACCAACUCAUGGAUCCAAAGAGCUCUUGUUUUUAUUCAGGUUUUUUUUUUACUUUAUGACUGGGUUAGUCGUUUAUUUUUGUUUUGUUUUUAAACUAUACUCUCUUUUUUUUUUUUUCCUGCGUUCCAUCGUUGUCAUAUGCAUUAUUUCUCUGCCGUCCUAAUUUAUUUGUGAAGCACGUGGGAGAAUGAAGCCAUUUUCCUUUGAUUGUUUUUUUUUUUUUUGGUUUUUAAGUUGGCUUUGUGCAGACCGAAAGAGAGUUUUUUUUUUUUUUUUCUUGUUUGUAUGAGGCAUCUGUUUUCUCCAGUACCUGUACUGUUUCCUGUGUGUUCUUUUUUCUUUUCAUACGUGAAUUUGUUUUGUUGAAUGUUAGUUGGUUGUUUGGUGCUGUCGAAACAUUUUUUGCGCAUUUCGAGUUUUCCAAAUGAACGCAUGAAGGAGCAGGUGAAGAUUACCCAAAAUGAUAUGAAUUGUGUCUGGGACUGUGCACCGUACAGCAGAUACAAAACAAAUUUUGAAUCAAGAAAAGCAGUAUUAAGUUUACAAACAAUUAAAGAUGUUUGAGAUAAAAAGGAAAAAGUACUUUUGUCUGCAGCACUUAGGUAUGCAUAUGAAAUGUGAGUACAUUGGUAUAAUUGAAAACUUUCUUCGUACAAAAAUGCUCUCAUGAAUUUAUGUUAGUCAGUUUUUCCAGUAGAUAUGUACGCAAGUCAAACUUUAUGAUCACCAUUCUGUCUGAAUGGUGACCUCAAGCAGCGGAAAAUUUAGUAAUGCUUGCUUUCUUGUAAGAGUGCAUCUGGCGUGAUAGCAUCUAAUAUUAGCAUAACACCAGAGAUGAUUCUGUACAGCGUUUAAAAAUUUGGGGCUCCUAGCAUUAUGUCUCUAAUAGACCAUCCAAACAAUUAGAUUCAACUUAAUUAGGUCAAUGACCCUCAAAAAUUUCAGAACUUCCAAUCUCAUCUGAUGACAUAUAAUGACUUAGUGAAUUACUUGUUUCCAUUCAGUUUGUAUUGGCUAAUCUGUCUUACCUUGUCCAAUCAUCCCACUUUAUUCUUGUCGGUACUUUGUAAGAAUUCGUCUUGCCCCAUCCCAUACUUGGAGAUUGCAGAUGUCUGUUAUGAAUGGUAUUUUUUUUUUCUCUCCUUAUUUUUGGACUUUAGAACCCUGGAAACCAAGAUGAAAAAGAAAACUGCCAUUAACUACUGUGUCUCACCUUUACCGUACUGCAGUACCUGUAUUUCCAUACAGAUGGCGCACAAUUCUUGUCUUAGUCACAUUUCCCUUUGGCAGCUAUGGUUUCCAAGGUUAGCUGGCGACCAGCCAAGCUUUAGCGGUGCAAGCCAAUCGAAACGGCAUCUACUAUGCAGUUAUCCGGUAGUCUCCUUUAAUAAAUGGGGAAACUGUAGUUUCAAAAGCUGGAAAGCUGCAGAAGAGAAAAAGACAAUUUUAAUAGAGCAACGUUGUUGGAUGCACCUUGAAAUUUGAUGGAGAAAAGUGCCAUUUGAAAAGUAUAAUUCUCAUUACAUCCUGCAGUGCUUUUCGAAUUUGCCAACCUUUAUUGUUUCAUCCUUUUCUCUUUUUUUUUGUGCAUCCAGGGUUUCUUUGGAAGGGAUAUAUCGGUGGUGUACAUACCAGUCUAUACGAAGAGUAUUAUUAUAAUUAUUAUUAUUAUUACUAUUAUUAUUAUUGCUUAAUAUUAUAUUGUCAUCAUCGUUCCCAGCCUAGGACAAGAGAAAGACAAUGUGAUUUUAUUUUGACGAUUAUUUUUUUUUU